AUGUUGAAGUCCUCCACGUGGAGGGAGUUAAUGGCUGUGUAUAGAGUCCUGUUGUCAUUGGUUCAAAAUUUGAGGUUUCAGAGGAUUCACAAACACGAGAUAGACGAGCUGCCGGAGGUCUUGGCGGACAAGGUGGCCCUUCUCCCUCAGAUACUGCAAAAGUCAAGAGCCGACAGCACGUGCAAGAACUAUAAUCAGUCGUUUCAAAGAAGCAGUUUACAGAAAUACAUACAUUCAUGCUUCCACCCACACUUCACGGCACCAAUCCCAAUCAAAAACCCACCCACCCACACCUCACCCACCUCCCCUCCACCCACCCCUCUAACCCCGCCCCUUCCCUCGACCCACACCUCACCCCACCCCUCCCUUCCGCCCACCCCUCUCACCCCGUACCCCCUCAACCCACACCUCACCCCACCAUCCCCUCCACCUACCCCUCUCACCCCGCCCCUGCCCUCGACCCACACCACACCUCACCCCAUCCCUCCCCUCCACCCACACAUCACCCCCCCCCCACACACACACACACACACUCGCCCCUUCCUUCGACCCAUACCUCACAACACCCCUCCCCUCCCCUCCACCAACACCGCCUCCCCUCCACCCACCAUUCUAACUACGCCCCUUCCCUCGACCCAUACCUCACCCAACCCCUCCCCUCUACCCACAUCCCGCCUCACCCCUCUCCUCCGCCCACCCCUCUCAUCCCGCACCUCCCCUCCGCCCACCUCUCUUACCCCGCCCCUCCCCUCGACCCACUUCUCACCCCACCCUCCCCUCCACCCACACCUCACCCCACCCCUCCCCUCCCCUCCACCCACACCUCACCCCACCCCUCCCCUCCACCCUCCAUGCACACAAAAGAGACCAAUGAAAGGCGUGUAA